CGUCCUGUAAGAAUCGAAUUAAGCACAGACGUUAACUUCUACAAAUUCAAGUGCAUGUGCGGUUAUUGAAUUUGGAGAUUGGAGAUGGAUUGGUUGCACUGCAAUACCUGUUUUCACCAACCAGGGGAUGGAGGAAAGUUCCUAUUGACAAGCUGUGGCCAUAUAUACUGUGAAAAGUGUAUAGACCAGGUUACUAAUGGAAAGUGUAAAAUGUGUGGCAGUGUGUGUACAACAAUUCCCCUGUCUGGACAGAUGAAACCAGAUGUGGAGUUGUUUUUUACAAAUCCCAUGGAUUUACUGAAAAAGGAAUUCAGGAAAAUCAUCCAGGUAAUGGACUUCCAACACAAUCAGAGGAGGAGAUUCUUUUCAUAUCUAAUGGACAAGCUUCACAGACAGCAGAAUGUCAUGGAGAAAUGUCAUAAAGCCAUACGAGCCUCCCAGGACCUGGAAAGGGAUAUGAGUAAAUUGCGCGAGGAAAACUCCUACCUGAAAAGACUGAUGAGUGAACGUGAAAAUAGACACAUCACUAGUGCCACUAGCAGUCUAGAGGCCAUGGGAUUGGGACAGUCCCUACCUAACAGUCCAGAGGCCAUGGGAUUGGGACAGUCCCCACCUAACAGUCCAGAGGCAAGGGGAUUGGGGCAGUCACUACCUUACAGUCUAGAGGUCAUGUGA